AUUUUCCCAAAAACCCCAUGCAAAAGAAAAGAAAAUAAAGCAAUACAAAAAUAAAUGUAAACAUUUAAUUAAAAUUGAUUUAAAAUUCCUAAAAGAACAAAAAAUAUUACAAAAAAACAACAAUAAAAAUGAGAAAAUACCAGCAGCUUCUACUCCUUGUGAUCUCUGCCAUCAGUGUGAUAGUCCUCUUUAGUUAUAAAAGCGAAAACAAUCGUUUAAAAUACAUUCUACAUGUUGUGAAUUUUUUCGGCCGCAAAGAUGCUGCUUUAAUGAUGCGCCUCGAAAAUGCCACCAAAGACGAUGAUUUCAAUGAUUUUGCUUAUCCAUUGCCAGUGUGGCAAAAAAUUGGCGAUUCCUUUCAUGCAUAUUCCUCGUUUUGGCAACGAAACGAACUUAUGGCUGGCGGUGAGGCUGUCGCCCUUGUCACUGGCAAGAAAUCAGCCAUAAUUAAUUUCAAGUGUGCUUUGCAAUAUAGCAAUGAUAGGAUAAUUACUGGCAAAUUCAAAUUUUAUCAUUUGGAUGAGAGUGAAGCACCCACCGACAAAAUCGAUUUCUUCUCUUACAAAUUUUUAUGCAAACUCAGUCGAGAUUUUGGAGUUCCUGAGAAGAUAAUCUUCACAGAGGUUGCUAGCAAAGUCAGCUACAAGUUGCUUUUGCGUCAUGUCAAACCACAAGUUGCUCAUGGCAUGCAGAUUGCCACAAUCUGUCUAAACAUGGCAGAUUUCAAUAAGACAAUGAGUUUCGCCACAAAAGCGAAUCUACUCCAGUUCUUUUUCUACCAUCAAACCAUUGGAAUAGAUCACUUUUUCAUUUAUAACGGUGACGCAGUGCCAUACCACAUUCGCAAGGUUCUCCGCAAGACGAGUGUCAAUCUGAAUUACUUCCCCUUUAAUUUCCCAUUUGCCCAGAACGACCCAAAGAAGAUACGCAAACUAAUCGAGACUGAUUGUCUAAUGCGCAACACAAAUGGAGCCAAAUUCACAUUCCUGCUUAAUAUUAACGAAUUUGUUUAUCCAAAUAGAAAAAUCCAAGAUACUGGGUCAGUAUUGCGAUCACUUGAUCAUUACGAUCGAGAUAUUAAACGCUUUGAAUUGGCUUCCUUUGGAGUUUGUUUGGAUCACAAGAAUAAACUCUUGAUUGACAAUACUUUGUAUGAUCCUGAAUUGAAAUUUAGUCACAAAUUGUAUGCAUACAAGCCGACAAUGCAAACUGAGAGCAAUAAGAGUGUUACAUUGCCGCUGUCGCUGGCAUUGACUCAUCGAUAUGUGGAUUGUUUUAGCACAAAGGAUGGCUUUUAUGAUUGGAGAAAUUCAUUGAGACAAGAUUUUAUGCAAUAUAUAGAAAGUGUUAGGACUGAAAUUGGAUUCCUGUUUUAGAGGAAAUAUCCAAGGAUAUAUACUGAGAUUAAUUCUUCCUUAUAAAAUUUGUAAACACAUUUUUUUUUUGUUGAUUUAUUUUGCUAAU